UCUCUGUGUCUUAUGUAUUCUAUGUGCAUUAGCUUCCGUUGAAUAUUUAGUUUUCUGUUUCUGAUGCCAGAUCCUUAAAUGCCUUGAGGAACAAUAAGAACCUCUCGGCACAACAUAAACUGGAGUAGGACAUGAAGCUUUGAUUUGCUUAAGCACAAUGUUUCCUCUAUACCCUGUCAAUGUGGAAAAGACUAUAUUUCUUUGUCUUGUUAGGUUAUUUAUGGCUAUAAUGUAUAAUCUCUUGAAUUAAUUGAUUUUCGAUAUUUCUGUAUGGGCACACUUAGGGUUCUGGAUCCAUGCUACACAUUGCAAGUGGAGAAGAAGUAGUAGGGGAUGAGGCAUCACAACCAGAUGUGAUACAUGUUCACCGGAAAUGCAUUGACUGGGCGCCUCAAGUGUACUAUGUUGGAGACACUGUAAAGAACUUGGAACUGGAGCUUGCGAGAGGUUCAAAGCUCAAAUGUAGCUGUUGUGGGCUGAAGGGUGCAGCUCUUAGCUGCUUUAUACGCUCCUGCAGGAAUACAUAUCAUGUUCCUUGUGCAUUUGCCCUUCCAGGAAGGCCAUCAAAUGCUAUGUCUCAGUCAUUCUCAUUAUAAGUUUCCACAUGAGAAAACCAAGAAGGGAAAUAAGCUAACGAAAAACAAUACUUCAACUGUUCAAAGGUAAGCUAAUAGGAGGCACAAAGAAUGUUUGAUUCAACGGUGGCAAAGGGCCUUGAACAUAGUGUUUACAACUUCAGCGUACAUAUUAAUGGAUAUCACAAGAGAUCUAAAUUGGAUGAUGCUAAUCAACUCUUCAAGGAAAUGAAAAAUAAGGGAUUGA